AUGUCGCAGAACGCUCAAAAUAUACACACCGCGCAAAGCCAGCAAAAUGCACAGAAGUGGAACGGCAACAGCGCGAGUCGGAAUGGAGGUGAGCCGGUAACCACCACUGCCGGGAGUUCGAAUGGGCUAGGACAGUCGCUUCAGCACCUCCAGCCUCAACACCAGUUUAUGCUUCCGUCGCUCAGCGGGUUGGAAAACGGACUUCAUGGAGAGCAGCAGCAUCAACGGCUUCCUCCAAUGACGGGCUCCAAGAGCUUUUCCGUUGCCAGUCUCGAUAAUCCUUUGCCUGUGCAAAAUCCAGCACAGACUACCAAUAAUCCAAACAACACCGAUCCCCCCACAGGGCACGUUCAGGAUCCGUCCUUCAAACCACUGAAUUUCAAGGACGCCUUAUCGUACCUUGAGCAAGUCAAGUUUCAAUUCAACAACAGGCCAGAUGUGUACAAUCAUUUCCUCGAUAUUAUGAAGGACUACAAAUCACAGGCUAUUGACACACUGGGCGUUAUUGAGCGCAUUUCGACGCUAUUUAAGGGAUAUCCUGUUCUCAUUCAGGGUCUCAACACGUUUCUCCCUCAAGGAUAUAAAAUCGAAUGUGCUCUUAACCCCAACGAUCCACAUUCGAUUAGUGUCACAACCCCAUUCGACACUAUUAAUCGGCAGAUGAGUAUCGACCAGCAUGGAGCUGUACCCACGACUGUGAAUGCUCCGACUGUUUCGAUCCCGCACAACUUGAGCGAAACUUCAACUCCACAACGUGCAACAACCAUGGAUCAGCCCAAGUUGGAGUCAACGCAGUCUGCCCUGCAAACGCCAAUAUUUGCGCCCGGAAAACAACCACAGCCUCCUUCGCAGCACGUUGAGCAGAUUAACCAACAGGCACCAACCGAUUUACAAAGACCGUCAAUUCCACAAUCGUCUCCUCAAUCGCAAGCACAACAUCAACCUCUGCCCCAACAACCGCAACAGCAGCAAUACUUAGCAGCGAGAAAUACUGGUGACGUGGAGUUUAGUCACGCUAUAAGCUACGUCAAUAAGAUCAAGACCAGAUUUGCGGAUCAACCAGAUAUAUACAAGCACUUUCUGGAGAUUCUGCAAACGUAUCAAAGAGAGCAAAAACCUAUCCACGAAGUCUAUGCUCAGGUCACUUCGUUGUUUCAAAAUGCUCCUGAUCUACUAGACGAUUUCAAAAAGUUUCUACCAGAUGCAACAGCUGCUCACGAGCAGCAAAUGCAGCAACUUCAACAAUUGCAAUUGCAGCAACAGGAGCAGCAACUGCAGCAGCAGCAACAGCAACAACAACAACAACAACAGCAGCAGCAGCAGCAGCAAGAGCUGCAACUACAACAGGAGCUUCAACUACAAUUACAACAGCAACAGCAACAGCAACAGCAUCAACAACAGGUCUUGCUACAGCAGCAGCAACAGGAAGUUAAGCGUCCUCAUCCCCAUCUGCACAUGGAAGAAGAUCAACAUCCUCGGCAGCCCCAGCUCUCACCGCAUCAAGAUCAGCUGCAUCAUCAGCAAGAAUUGGAACAACACAGGCAACAUCUCCAACAGCCAUUCAACAAUGGAGCGCUAUACUACCAACCACAACAGGCAGCUGCUCAGAACUUGCCACCUCUGGGAAGUUUUUCACCACCUAUCAACGGGCGUGAGAACGAGGCAGAAAUUAAUUUGCCGGCUGUCCAGCCGCUUGCGUCUACUUUUCCAACUCAACAAAUAUCUCACCCGUCUAGCCACGUUUCAGCACAGGGAAUCUCAAACAAUGCUUUAUCAGUUUCGGACGUACGCCGACCUCCCGACGGCGGUUUCCCCUCUCCACAAGUAAAUGAUCAGGAAAUACAGUACAUGGAAACCACAUCUAGACCCGAAAUUGACUUAGAUCCUAGUCUUGUUCCUGUGAUUCCUGAACCUAUAAGGCCCUUAGAAAAUGACUUGACGCUGAUUGAAGAGACUUCGUUUUUUGAUAGAGCCAAGAAAUACAUGGGCAAUAAACAAGUAUACACCGAGUUUCUCAAGAUCUUGAACCUGUUUUCGCAAGAUUUAAUAGACACCGACGAACUUGUCGACAAGGUCGACCAUUAUCUUGGGGGCAACGUCGAGCUUUUUGACUGGUUCAAAAGUUUUGUUAAUUAUGUUCAGAAGCCGAAGUGCAUCGAAAACGUUGUUCAUGAGAAACAUAGAUUAGACUUGGAUCUAUGCGAAGCUUGUUGUUCAAGCUAUAAGAAACUCCCUAAAACGGACACAUUCAUGCCAUGCUCAGGCAGAGAUGAAAUGUGCUGGGAAGUUCUCAAUGAUGAGUGGGUAGGUCAUCCAGUUUGGGCUUCUGAAGACUCUGGAUUUAUUGCGCAUCGCAAAAACCAAUACGAAGAAACACUGUUCAAAGUUGAGGAAGAAAGACAUGAAUAUGAUUUCUACAUUGAAGCAAAUUUGAGAACGAUUCAAACAUUAGAAACCAUUGCAAACAAGAUUUCAAAUAUGUCCCCAGAAGAAAAACAAUCAUUUAAGCUUCCGCCAGGUCUAGGUCAUACAUCCCUGACAAUUUACAAAAAAGUUAUUAGAAAGGUUUACGAUAAGGACAGGGGCUUUGAAAUUAUCGACGCGCUUCAUGAAAAUCCUUCUGUCUCCGUUCCCAUUGUUUUGAAGAGACUCAAACAAAAAGAUGAAGAAUGGAGGAGAGCGCAACGUGAGUGGAACAAAGUUUGGAGAGAAUUGGAACAGAAAGUCUUCUAUAAGUCUUUGGAUCACUUGGGACUUACCUUCAAACAAGCUGACAAGAAACUACUCACUGCGAAGCAAUUAAUCUCCGAAAUUAGUAGCAUUAAAGUGGAUCAGACGAACAAAAGAAUUUACCCCUUCACUCCUAAGCCAGAAAGUCAACUUGACUAUGAUAUUAAAGAUAGAGGUGUGCUUUUCGAUAUUUUGAGCUUGGUCAAUAAUUUCAUCGACCAUAGCACUUCCUACUCGAAUCCAGACAAGGAAAAGCUUUCGGAAUUUUUCAAAAGUUUCCUGUCGUUAUUUUUCUCCAUUCCACGUCAAGAGGUUGAGUAUUCCAUGCUCAAAAGACCGGGCAAAACAUUUGAGAGUGAAAAGGCUUCAAGUGCAACUACUCUUUCACGUAAAAGAUCAUGGGAGAGCGGGCAGACACUCAAAGAUUUGUUGGGAGGAACGCACAAGCAGGCCAAGAAGCGAGACCAUGGGCUAGAAGAAGAGCCUGCGUCAGAUGAGCAGAAUUUCUUUGAAAGAAGUAAUUUGGACAUCGAGGAUGAAGAGCUCAUCAGGCAAGAAGCCAAGAAACCUUGGCUCCUUGGAAACCUUCUUGAAGAAGCCAACAAUGAUGAGCAAGUUUUGAACCGAAACACGUACAAUUUAUUCGCCAGCACCAACAUUUAUGUGUUUUUCCGGCACAUGACUACGCUAUAUCAAAGGUUGAGUGAGGUGAAGGAGAUGAAUGAAGAAGUUACUCAAGAGAUAAAAAGUAGAAAGGUUGUUCAAUUUGCCAAGGACCUCAACUUGCACUCGACUCAGCUGAGCGAUAUGGGGUUGGACUUCAAGGGUUCCGACGCAUAUGAGCAAUUACUCACCCUUUGUAAACGUUUGAUAGAAAACGAUAUCGAACAUCAGUGGUUUGAGGAAAGUCUUCGCCAAGCUUACAAAAAUAGAGCUUUCAAGAUUUAUACUGUUGACAAGGUAGUACAAUCGCUAGUGAAGCAUGCGCAUGCAAUCAUAACAGAUGUUAAGACAUCAGAAAUUAUUCUUUUGUUUGAAAAAGAUAGGGCAUGCACAACAACGAGUAGAAGAGACCAGAUCCUUUACCGUCUUCAAGUCAGGUCUCAUAUGGGUCUGUCAGACAAUAUGUUCCGCAUUGAGUACAAUAAACUAACUGAUCAUGUUUGUAUUCAAUUCGUUGCAGUGGACGAUUUAACAUUGAAGGAGCCAGACUCUUUGAAAGAUCGCUGGCAAUAUUACUUGACCUCUUAUGCGCUUUCACAUCCUACCGAGGGUGUUCCUCAUGAGCACAUAAAAAUUCCGUUCCUCGAGAAGAAUUUGAGAGAUGGCGACGACUCGGAUGCUGAAAUACCAAAAUAUUCGCCCAUUGGUCAGUCCGUCUCUCAUUUUCGGAUUCAGGUAAGCCCCGACAAUUACGAGCUACAAAUUGAGCCAGACUCCAAAGAUAUCUUCACAAGAUUGGCUGUCAAUAAAUUCCCUACAAAGGAGGGGCAAGAUGGACUUUCAGUAAGGGACGAAAAGAAGAGAAGCGUUGCCUUGUUUCUGGAUAGUGAUCGUGGUUGGAGAAAAGGCUUGCGGCCAGAGAGUAUCGAAAGAGCUACAGAAGUUUUGAAUUACGUGAAAGGCCAUGGUCAGUUAAAAAACCAGGAAGACCCUGUCAGAAAUGCAUUUUCACCGGUUGAGACUUCAAUCGCGGAAAGUAAAGCUCUUAAUGAUGGCGGGCCUGUGGACAAAACCGGUGACGACACUGACUUAAGGGCUGAUGAGACCACCGCGGAAGAGAUAUAA